GUAUAGCGGUGGCUGUGGUGUUUAUCAUGCUCUGCUACAGAAAGCGCAGAAAGACACACCUUGAUCAGUCUGUUUCUCGUGAUAAUCAGUCUGCUGCCCUCGAAGAGAGUGUUCCAAACUUAUAUUUCAACAUUCCACUUCAGACUUCCAGAGCUACAUGCCAAGUUGAGUCAGAGGUGGUCAAUGCAGAGGAGUCCAGUAGUACAGGCGAAAUUGACUAUGAGAGCCGUUUUCUUUCCCCAAGACUACGAGAGCAGCUGAAGAAAAGGAGAAUGAUAUUUUCAAAGAAUCAUAUUGAGCUUUCAACUAUCAUUGGUCAAGGGAAGUCAGGCCUGCUGGUCCACAGGGCAUAUUUGGAAACUCCAAGAGGGAAGGAACUGGUUGCUGUUAAAACUGUUAAGGCACUUUUCUCCAGGAAUGACGUCAAGCGACUGGCAAAGGAGGUGUUUCACCAUGUUUUCACUGAAGCACACUAACGUCAUGUCUCUUCGGGGAGUGUGUGUUGCUGCAGAGAGCCCCCUACUAAUCAUGCCCUUUAUGAUCAAUGGAUCUGUCCUAGAGUUUGUCCAACACCAUAAAGAUGAACUUCUUUGCAUUUCAACAGAGGCCAAGGUGGAAAUAGCCAGAGAAAGGCUGUUGAAAAUCUGUCACCAAAUUUCGAAGGGCAUGGAGUACCUCUCCCUGCGGAAUGUUGUUCAUCGAGACCUGGGAGCGAGCAACUGCAUGAUUGACAAUGAUGGAGUGAUCAAAGUGGCUGAUUUUGGACUGGCAAAGAACAUGCAUGGCACCGACUACUUCCGUCAGGGGAAGGGAGAGGGUGAGGAUGAGGAGGUGCCCAUCAAGUGGAUGGCUCCCGAGAGUCUGGAAGAAGACAUCUACACUGAGGCCACUGACGUGUGGUCAUUUGGAGUGACAGUAUGGGAAGUGUUCACUUGUGGGAGGAUCCCAUACAUUGAUAUCCCAGUCGUACAUCUACUGGAGGCACUAAAGGGAGGACAGAGACUGGAGAAACCCCAGAAUGAGGCCUGUAUGGACGAAAUAUAUGACACAAUGAGGAGUUGCUGGUCCCUGAAGCCCACGGAUCGUCCAAAGUUCCUGGAUUUGGUGGGCAUGCUCGGUACUCUUCUGGAGAGGUCUUCUUGCAUGUGUCAGACAUCAUCUGAACUGGACAUGUCCCAGUUUCUUCACUCCAACAUCCCUCUCUCUUCUCCACCUACUGCCCUUACUCCUCCUGUCAUACAGGAACAAGAUGCUGAGGACGAGGAUGACGAUGAAGCUGAGGAUGAGUUUUGAAACGAGAAUAAUUCUGUAGAUGCUGUACACUGAUGGUCCUUCUUUGGACACCUAUAUAAUAUACUGUGUCAUGUU